UUUUUCUUUUAGAGAAGGUUAAGAUAAUGUUAUUAAGGAAAACUCUUAAGGUUAUCUAUUUGAAGAACUGCAAAAUAAAUAAUAUUGGAACGAUAAAAUAGAUCUGCACUUCAUUUUAGCCAUUAAAGCCAAAUUGUACAAACAUGUUCGUGUUUAAAAUUUUUCUAUUGGUCUUCAGUUCGUCUGGAAUUCUGGCUCAUCCAUAUGGCGCAUCUACAGGUCAAACAAAAGGUGGACUUAACUUGGGUAUGGGACUAGAACUUGAAGGAAAUGGUCAUGACGCAAACUCGCAAAAUAAAGGUCUACCAGGAGUAGGUGCGCACGUGAAAGCCAAUGUUGAUAUUGCAGGAGUGCAUUUGGGCUAUGACGAAGGAGUGGAUCUGGGAGGUAGCAAAGGAAUUGCUUUAACCAAACAAGUUGAUGUCGCUGGCCACAAAGUGGGCGUAGAGCAAAAUGAAAUAAAUCUAGGACAGAAGAAAGGUCAAGGUUUGAAAGGACCAGGUGAAGGACAUAUUGGUACGUUGCAAGGAGAUUUAUCCGGAAAAACAGAGGUACACGGAGCUACCAACUCAAAUCAAGAUGUUUUAACAAAAACUGUAAACGGUAUAUUUGGAAUAAACAAACAAGACAGUCAGAGAACUGAUGCAAAUAUCCAAACAGGAUAUACACACAAUACAAAUCAAGAUGGAGCUUUAACAAAAACUGUAAAUGGUAUAUUUGGAGUAACCAAACAAGGAAGUCAGAGAGGUGAGUCAAAUAUCCAAACAGGAUAUACACACAACACAAAUCAAGAUGGACUUUUAACAAAAACUGUAAAUGGUAUAUUUGGACUAAACAAACAAGACAGUCAGACAGGUGGUGCAAGUAUCAACAAAAAUACUGAAGGAAAAGCAACAAGUAUAGACACAAACCAAGCAAAUACGCAUUCUUAUGGAUUAGGUAGCUAUGGAGGUAGUUCUGGAACAACAAGAGGUAAUUCGAAUGGAAACACUUUGGAUAUAAGUCAACAACAUACUUCUUUUGGAAAACAAACACAAGGAGGCGGUAGUUAUAGUGGUAGCUCCAGUCACAGCUGGUCAACUUCGGAAAGUCGUCAUUCUCAUACAUCAGGUGGUUCUAAGGGCAGCUCAUUAAAUUUUGGUGGGCGUCCAUUCUUCGAUGACCAUUCAGCGGAAAGUUCUGAAAUGGUUACUUCUGGAGGUAGUCACAGUAUCACACAUAAUCAUGGACAUGAUCAUUCUCAUGCAUCAGGAAGCUCUAGGGGCAAUGUAGUACAUUUUGGUGGUCGUCCAUUUUUCGAUGACCAUUCAGCAGAAAGUUCUGAAAGGAUUACUUCUGGAAGUAGUCAUAGUACAAAAGUUAUCACUCAUGAUCAUGGGCAUGAUCAUCAUUCUCAUGGAUCAGGAAGUUCUAGGGGCAAUGUAGUACAUUUUGGUGGUCGUCCAUUCUUCGAUGACCAUUCAGCAGACAGUUCUGAAGUGAUUACUUCCGGAGGUAGUCACAGUACAAGAGGUAACACACGUAUUCAUGAUCAACACCGUUCAUCAGGGAAUUCUAGAGGCGGUUCAGUACAUUUUGGUAAUCGAACGUUUUACGAUGAUCAUUCAGCUGAAUCUUCUGAAGAGAUUGGUUAUGGAAGUAGUCACAGUUCAAAUAAUCAGAGACAUGGCACGUCUUCUUAUGGUUUUAACUCGGGUGUAAGUGGCAAGCAUGAAGCUGGAGGAAGUUAUGGAACAGGCCACUCAUCAGGUGGAUAUGGUCAUGGAGGUUACGGAUCGGGUCAUCCUUCGUCAGGUGAAUAUGUUCACAGAAUAACUGAUGGUAUCAACGUUAACGGACAUCAUAGUGGUCAUGGAUCAGGUCAUUCGUCUGUCGUAGAAUCUGGUCAUACCGGAGGAAUAGGAUUGGGUCUCGCUGGCAGCCACAGAAGUACUGGAAGUCAUGAAUCAGGGGGUGGAUAUAGUCACGGGAUAGGUCUUGGAAUUGGUAUUGGCAGUAAUCACAGAGGCAGUAGCGGUGAAACUGGAUUACAUGGACAUGGUGUUGAUGGACAUCUUGUAGUUGGCGGAUAUGGAACGGGUUCCUCAGAUCGAGAAACAGGGGCUGGGCUUGGUCUUGGAAUUGGUGUUAAAGGUGGGCACAAUACCAAUAGUGGAUAUGGUCACAGCUCAUAUUCUGGUUGAAAUAAAAUUUUGAUGGUAGAUAAGACUUAAAAACCAUUUUUUUUCGCUAAUAUUAAUUGGGUUCGUUUUACAACUUAAUUGUUUUGUUUUGAUAUUAAAAAUUUGAAUAAACUUUAUUUUCACUGCC